AUGUCGGGACUCUUCGGGAGCAGCGCUGCUGCAUCAACUCCUGGUAACACUAUUGGCGACUUAAAGAACGAUGUUGCCCUCGCGAACCCCCCCGAUGACACAGUCUCAGACCUCGCCUUUUCCCCUACCUCAGAUAUCUUAGCCGUCUCAAGCUGGGACAAGAAGGUCCGUAUAUAUCAGAUUGCUGCCAACGGUACUAGUGAAGGGAAGCAUAUGUAUGACCACGAGGCCCCUGUUCUCAGCGUAGACUUUUCUAAAGAUGGCAACAAGAUUGUGUCUUGCGGUGCCGACAAGCAGGCCAAAGUCUGCGACCUACAAACCCUCCAGACGGCACAGGUAGCCGCGCACGAGCAGACCGUCCGAUGCGCACGUUUCUUCGAGCUACCCAACUCGAACGGUCCAAUGCUCGUGACGGGCUCGUGGGACAAGACCGUCAAAUACUGGGACCUACGACAAAGUACGCCUGUCGGAUCCGUCACUUGCCAAGAACGUGUAUAUUCCAUGGAUGUGCGUAAUACGCUACUGGUAAUCGGCACUGCGGACCGCUAUAUCAACGUCGUCAACCUUCAGGACCCCCUGAAAUUCUACAAGACACUUCAGAGCCCCCUUAAGUGGCAGACUCGCGUGGUUAGCUGUUUUACAGACGCUAGCGGUUUUGCUAUUGGCAGUAUCGAGGGUCGUUGUGCUAUCCAGUAUGUGGAAGAGAAGGACUCAGCCUCUAAUUUCUCAUUCAAAUGUCACCGUGACCCGCCUCAGGGUAACACGACGCAGGUAUACUCUGUCAACGACAUCUCAUUCCAUCCACAGCACGGGACGUUCAGUACGGCCGGUAGCGACGGCACGUUCCACUUCUGGGACAAGGAUGCGAAACACCGGCUGAAGGGGUACCCUUCGGUAGGAGGCAGCAUUACGGCGACGAAGUUCAACUCGGGAGGCACCAUAUUUGCAUACGCGGUCGGAUACGACUGGAGUAAAGGCUAUAUGGGCAACAAUCAGAACUACCCCAACAAAGUCAUGCUACACCCCAUCCAGGGAGACGAGUGUAAGCCUCGCCCGAGCGCCAAGAAGCGGUAG